AUGAGGGAAGAUCGAAAAGAAGCAGCACCCAUCUAUCAACUUCCUGAGGAAACCAGUCUCCAGCGAACAUCGGAGCUCAUUAAUUCCUUGAUCUCCUCCUCCUACUCCAUCCUCUCUUUCCCCGCCAAAUGGCAACUAAUCAGAGAUAAGCUUGAGCAGCUAAACUCCAACCUAACAGCCGUAGCUGAUGGCAACUUUUCGAGCGCCAAUUCAGCACUCACUGCAUUCUUGGAGUCGAUGGUAACAGUCCUCAAUGACAUUCAGAUGCUUACUGAUCAAUGUAGUGAUGAAAGUUACAGCAGGGGAAAGCUCCACAUGCGGAGCAAUCUUGAUGCCGUCUCCUCUAGACUCGAGCUCCACGUCAAGCAUCUCACACAAAUAUGUGCUUCUGCAAUUCUCUCACAAUCCCAAGCCAUUGUUCCAACGAGGCCUGCCGUUGGUGCAAGCCGAGAGGACAUGAGAUUCUACAUGAAGGAUCUCUUCUCAAGACUAAGGAUUGGAGAUUUGGAUAUGAGAGCUCAAGCCCUGGCCAUCCUUAACGAGAUACUUCCUCAGGAUGAGAAAUAUGUGAGGAUAGCGGUGCUUGAAACAGCUGACAGUAUUAGUCUUCUGGUGCACUUUCUUGAAUUUGGUGAUGUGGGUAUUCAAGAGAAGGCUGCGAGGGCUGUCUCAGUAAUUGCCAGCUUUGACUCAUACAAAGGAGCUCUUGUUACAGGCGGUGUCAUUGCGCCAUUGAUCCGGGCAUUGGAGAUGGGAAAUGAAGCGGGAAAAGAGGGGGCUGCUCGAGCUCUGAGGAAACUUACGGAGAAUUCUGACAACGUGUGGUCAGUCUCUGCUCAUGGAGGUGUUACAGUGCUGCUCAAGCUCUGUGAUAAUGCUGAUAGCAGCAGCGAGUUGAUUGGUUUGGCUUGUAAUACACUAAGGAACCUUAGCAGUGUCGAGGAGAUUAAAAAGUUCAUGGUGGAACAAGGAGCAGUUUCAGUGUUCACAAAGCUUCUGAAAUCAAAGGAAGAAGUAGUCCAGAUUCAUGUAAUGGAAUUGCUGUAUGCAAUGGUUUUGGAGGAUGACAGCCUUAGGCAUAUGGUGGUUGGAGAAGGGGUCAUUGAGUCACUCGCGAAGUUAUUGGAUCCCAACUCUCCCUACUCAAUGAAGGCAAGAGAGGUUGCUGUCCGGGCUAUUGAGUUGUUCUGUUUCACCUCAACAAGUUUGAUCAAAGCUUUGAUGGGUUGUGGUUUCCUCGAUCAGGUUCUCUUUCUUCUGAAGAAUGGUGAGAUAUCUACUCAGGAAUCUGGCCUCAAGGUUGUUUCUCACCUUUGCGAGACAUCUGAGGAGACCAAGAAGGUGAUGGGUGAUGCUGGAUUUAUGACAGAGCUUGUAAAGUUGCUAGAAGCUAAAUCUUUUGAAGUCAGAGAACUGGCAGCUGGGUUACUCUGCAGCAUGGUUCCAAUUCAACGAAACCGCAGAAGAUUCAUUCAAGAUGACCACAAUGUGAACCAAAUCAUGAGGUUGCUCAAUCCAGAUGAGGAGAAAUCAGUAACAAAGAAGCUGCUGCUCUCAGUCCUGAUCUCGCUAGCAGAUAGCAGCAAUGGAAGGAGAAAGAUUUUGGCAUCUGGGUAUGUGAACCACUUGGAGAAACUAGCAAAAGCUGAUGUUUUGGAAGCAAAGAAAAUCAUUAAGAAGCUCUCUGGGAACAGAUUUCAUAGCAUCCUAAGUAAAAUCUGGAGUAAGUGA